CGAUAGGAGAGAGGGAGGAGAGGGAAUUGUUCUGAAGGCUGCUGUGUGAAUGCAGUAUAAAACAACUUGACCAGACCAUUGAAUGACUGUUGAUCUGAGAAAUACAAUAUUUUCAGGCCAGAAAUGCUGCCUAAUCUCUAUGGUUACCUAUGGCCUAUGUCUCUCUCCUGUCUCCACUGAAACUCUUCGUCCUUCUCUGAGGGCGAGUGAUGUGCGGUGCGAGUGGUGUGUGUGUUUAGCGAGAGCGUGAGCCAACGAGUGAGAGCAGUGUGUGUGUGGAGUGAGCGAGUGCAGAGCGAGCCACUCACACGGAGCAUGCCUCUGCGUCCUGCAGCCGGCAAACAUGAGCCACCCAGCUCUCCACAGCAGGACCAGCACACACACUCACACCCCUACAGACACACCAACGGCAGCCAGGGGGCCAGCUCUGACAGCAGCAGCUCACGGGAAGAGGACAGCGGCAUUCCCGUUUCUGUCAGUGUUUUCUCUUUCCGUCCCGCUCGGGAGCGGAGCCCCAGUGCAGGAGGAGGCAUGGCGCAGGCACAGGGCAACACGCUGGUGAUCCGCAUCGGAAUACCGGACCUGGCACAGACGAAAUGUAUGAAGUUCGAUGUGGAUGCUCCUAUCUGGUUAUCUAAGCAGCAUAUCCUGUGUACUCUGAACCAGAGCCUGAAGGACGUGCUGAACUACGGCCUCUUCCAGCCAGCUCACAAUGGAAAGGCUGGCAAGUUCCUGGAUGAAGAGAGACAGCUGAAGGAAUACCCACUGCCUUCUGUUACACCUGUACCAUACCUGGAGUUCCGCUAUAAGAGACGUCUCUACACACAGUCCCACCUGGAUGACAAGCAGCUCUCCAAACUACACACCAAGGCGAACCUGAAGAAGUUUAUGGAGUAUGUACAGCAGAGGAACAUCGAAAAGGUGUCCAAGUUCCUGGAGAAAGGUCUGGACCCCAACUUCCACGACCCUGAAUCGGGAGAAUGUCCUCUGACCAUGGCAUCUCAGCUGGAGGGCUGUGCAGAGCUCAUCAAGGUGCUGAAGAGUGGAGGAGCUCACCUGGACUUCAGGACCCGAGACGGCAUCACUGCACUGCACAAGGCUGUCCGCACCAAGAACCUCUCUCUCUGUCAGACGUUGCUGGACCUGGGUGCGUCUCCUGACUAUAAGGACACGGGGUUAAGUCCGCUUUAUCACAGCUCUAUGGUAGGAGGAGACCCCUACUGCUGUGAACUUCUGCUCCACGACCACGCUCAGGUGGGCUGUGUGGACGAGAACGGCUGGAGGGAGAUACACCAGGCAUGCCGUCAUGGUCAUGUUCAGCACUUGGAGCACCUGCUGUUUUACGGAGCCGACAUGACUGCUCAGAACGCCUCUGGAAACACCGCCCUUCACGUCUGUGCCCUCUACAACCAGGAUAGCUGUACCAGAGUUUUACUGUUUCGGGCGAAUAAAGAGAUCAAGAACUACAACAGCCAGACAGCCUUUCAGGUGGCCAUUAUAGCAGGAAACUUUGAUCUGGCUGAAAUCAUCAAGAUCCACAAAGUGUCAGACGUUGUGCCUUUCAGGGAGACCCCCUCCUACACCAACCGUAGACGUGUUGGUGGGAGGACUGCCUCGCCCCGCUCCCUGCUGCGCUCGGCUAGCGACAACAACCUCAAUGGGGACAGCAGUCAAGGUCUGGGUCAAGGUCUGGGGCAGGGUCACGGUCGACAGGGUCAGUCUCCUGUCCCCUCUCUGAGAAGCCUCCCUGCACUGGGACAACACCAACAACAUGCCAGCCUGGGGGAGACUCGUCAUGGAGAGAUGCCAGACAGCAGUCUCCAGAGCACAGGCAGCUCUCGCUCCUCCCACUCCCGCUCUCCCUCACUACACAGUCAUCUGCAUGAGGGCGAUCAGGGCAUCAGGAAGACACACGGACACCCUCUAGGACACGUCCCUCGAGGACGGCUCAGCCCGGGUGCGGUGCAGCGGGACCCCAGUCCCCCCACCCACACCCCUCCUGCCAUUGCCGGUGCCAGCGGGCCCAAGCGGAAACUCUACAGCGCCGUGCACGGGACGUACCUUCAUCGUGUGUUGAGUAUGGAGAAGGAGGUUUCUGGGAGGGGCACAGUCAAGGGGAGAACAGGCUGGUUCCCGCCCGACUGUGUGGAAGAGGUUCAGAUGAGACAGUAUGACCCUCGGCUAGAGACAAGAGAGGACCGCACUAAGAGACUGUUCAGACACUACACUGUGGGAUCUUACGACAACGUCACCUCAUACAGUGAUUACAUCAUAGAGGAGAAGAAUGCUAUGCUGCAGAAGAAAGAAAACGAAGGCUUCGGCUUCGUCCUGCGGGGAGCCAAAGCUGAGACGCCUAUUGAGGAGUUCACCCCAACACCUGCAUUCCCUGCCCUCCAGUACCUGGAGUCUGUCGACGUAGAGGGAGUGGCCUGGAGGGCUGGGCUUAGGACAGGAGACUUCCUCAUAGAGGUGCACGGAGUGAACGUGGUGAAGGUGGGCCAUAAGCAGGUGGUGUCUCUGAUCAGACAGGGGGGCAACAGCCUGCUGAUGAAGGUGGUCUCUGUCACACGCAAACCUGAGUCUGAGGAGGUGGUCCGCAAGAAAGCUCCCCCGCCACCCAAGAGAGCCCCCAGCACCACUUUGACACUGCGCUCCAAGUCUAUGACCGCCGAACUGGAGGAACUGGCUUCCGUCCGGAGGAGGAGAGGAGAAAGGCUAGAUGAGAUGCUAGCACCUCAGGAGCCUGUGACGUUACGUUCCCAGCCCACAGAGGCUGACUACAGAGCUGCUACUGUCAAACAGAGACCUACCGGCAGGAGAAUCACACAAUCAGAGAUCAGUUCGUUGUUUGAGAGGCAGGGCAUGGCAUUACAUGGUGGGCUCCACCCAAGGAUGGAGAGGGCUCAUAUGCAGCUGCCUAGAGGGAUGUCCAGGACCAAGUCAUUUGGUGCGACUGAGGAGGACCGUCUGUCGGUGUUGGCUGGAGAACAUCGUUUCCCCCGGAGCUCCUCCAUGACGGACAGCCUCAGAGACCACUCCCACUCCCAUUCUAUCCCCCCUCCCCAGACCGCACCUCCUCCUCCCCCUUCCCUCUACUACCUGGACACUGGCCCUCCUCCUGCUUUCUGCCCCCCUCCUCCCCCUGCCAGGGGUCAUGGUCAGGGUCAUGACCCUGGAGGUCGUUCCAGCUUCAAGCCCUCCUCCCUGGACCUGGACCGGCCCUACGACCCAUCGCCCCGCCAGUCCUCCCACAUCGAACGCCAGAAGAAGGCUAGGUCAAUGAUUAUUCUACAAGAUUCCUCCCACUUACCCGUGGAGCCCACCGACAUCCCCCGCCCCUCCGCAUCCGCUACACCACCAGAGCGAAUCAAACGGAAAGGCCGGGUGAUUGACAACCCGUACGCCAAUGUUGGCCAGUUUAGUAUUGGAUUGUACACACCCACCAAGCCCCAGCGCAAGAAGAGCCCUCUGGUGAAACAGCUACAGGUGGAGGACGCACAGGAGAGAGCCAGCAUCGCCUUGGCCGCUGCCCACUCCCGAGAGACCUCCCCCUCUGGUCGACACACACACACCCACGGCCACACACACACCAGCCGGGCCGACUACUACCAGCAGCAGCUGAUGGUGGAGCGCGAGCGUAUGCGUCUCCAGGGAGAGGCCUUGCUGCAGGGGAAAGGGCCGUUCGCUGUUGCUAUCGCUGGCGCCGUGAAGGACCGAGAGCGCCGACUAGAGGAGCGGAGGAAAUCCACAGUCUUCCAGUCAGUGGGGACCAUGGAGGGGGGGUCGGGGUCCGCCCCUGAGCCCCCCUCCUACACCACAUCUCGAUCCAUCGAUGAGCGCCUACUCAGCAGAGAACUAGGCCAGCUGCCACCCCCCGCUCUGGCCCUGCGCCCCUCACCUGGCGGCACUACCUUCAUCCACCCACUCACAGGGAAGCCCCUGGACCCUAACUCACCCCUUGCUCUUGCGCUGGCCGCAAGGGAGCGGGCACUUACCUCCCAGAGCCAGUCCCCCGCCAGCAGCCCUGAGCCCAGGACUAAACAGGACAGGGCUGGUGUUGGAGGUCAGGGGGCUUCGCUUUUCAUCGAAAGCCAGACCAAAGAGCCUCAGCAUGGGGGCGGGAGGCCGGGGUCGCCCCAGGCUGGUAAAUCCCAGUGGGGAGUGUCAUCACCUGCCUUGCUUCGCCAGGAGAUGGAGGGAAGAGGGGAGGAGAGGAAGGAGGUGAGGAGAACGGAGGAUAAGAAGAGUAUGUUGAUCAGUAUCAUGGACACAUCACAACAGAAGACAGCUGGACUAAUCAUGGUCCAUGCCACCAGUAACGGCCAGGCGGUGGGGCUGGGACCAGGGCUGGAGAAAACCCCCACCUCCCCAGCCACCGAGCCCAUUAAACCCUCCCUCAGUCGGGCUCUGUCACCCAGCCCCUCUGCCUCUCAGCUCCAGGCCCAGGGCCCUUCCAGCCCAGCCCAGGCUCCCCUGGCCCAGGGCAGUUCAGAGGAAGACGUGGAGCCCUACACAGUGAGCCUACCUCCAGCCAUGCUGUCCUCCAGUGAUGAAGAGACCAGAGAGGAGCUGAAGAAGAUUGGGGUGCUCCCACCUCCGGAUGAGUUUUCCAACGGGUUGUUGGCCAAUUCACAAGCCCAAGCCCAGGGGACCCCUGUACCCCAGUCUAAAUCCACCACUUCCCCUACAACCCCUACUCUCCUCACCCCUUCGACCCCAAACCCCAGCCUGACCCCCACCUCUAGCCUGACACCCACCCAACCCCAGGGCCCUCCCCUCCAGCCUACCCCUGGAGGAGCAGUCGUCUCAGGGAAACCCUCAUACCCGGACCAGCCCCAUCCUCCAGCCCUGCUGGCUGAGUCUGGUUCAGCAGCAGACUCUGGUGUGGAGGAGGCAGACACACGCAGCUCCAGUGAGAGAGAGCGAGACCACCACCUGGAGACCACUAGCACUGUGUCCACCGUCUCCAGCAUGUCCACUCUGUCCUCAGAGAGUGGCGAACCCGCUGACACACACACCUCCUAUGCCGACGGGCAGACCUUCGUGCUCGACAAGCCGCCAGUGCCUCCCAAGCCCCGGCUCAAGUCUCACAUUGGAGGCAAUAAAGGCCCGGUCACCUUCAGGGACCCGCUGCUGAAGCAGAGCUCUGACAGCGAGCUGUUAUCCCAGCAGCAGGCGGCUGCUCUAGCCGCAGCAGCAGCCGGAGGGGCAGGGCUGGGGCAUGGAGGCCUAGGGUCUGGAGGCCUGGGGCAUGGAGGCCUCGGGUCUGGAGGCCUGGGGCAUGGAGGCCUCGGGUCUGGAGGCCUGGGGCAUGGAGGCCUCGGGUCUGGAGGCCUGGGGCAUGGGGGCCUGGGUUCUGGAGGCCUAGGGUCAGGCUCUAUAUCUAGCCUGGUGGGAGGCCCCGGGAGGCCCCGCUACCUCUUCCAGAGGAGGUCCAAGCUGUGGGGAGACCAGAUGGAGGCGCGAGGACCCGGGGUGGGGUUAGGGAUGGGGAGUCUGGGGAGUCUAGGGGGGAAACCAUCGGUGAUGGGGGAACUAAGUUCCAGAUUGCAGCAGCUGAAUAAGGAUACCAGGUCACUGGGGGAGGAGGAGCCACUGGGGUCAUCGCUGGACCCUGGGAGGAAGUCCCCUGUGACAGGCGCCAGACUUUUCAGCAGUCUAGGAGAGCUCCACACCAUUUCCCAGAGAAGCUACGGCACCACCUACACCAUCCGGCCUGGCAGCCGCUUUCCCGUUACACGCCGCACUCCAAGCCCUGGCUCGGGCUCCCCGGAUCGUGGUGACCCCCUCAGCCGACUCCCAGGCUUCGGCCUACCCACCUCACCCACCACGCCGCACCACACCAUCCUCAAGUCGUCCAGCCUCAGCCUGCACCAUGAGCCCAAAGAGGUACGCUUUGUUAUGAGGAGCUCCAGCGCCCGGUCCCGCUCACCCUCCCCGUCCCCUUGUCACUCCCCCGGGCUGGGCUCGCCCCUCCUGGCCCUCAGGCCCUUCCACCAGAAGCCCCUCCACCUGUGGAACAAGUACGACGUUGGAGACUGGCUGGAGAGCAUCAACCUGGGGGAGCACAGAGCCGGCUUUCAAGAGCACGAGAUCGAGGGCUCGCACCUCCCGGCACUCACCAAGGAUGACUUUGCUGAGCUGGGGGUGACGCGCGUGGGACACCGCAUGAACAUCGAACGAGCACUUAAACAACUGCUGGAGAGCUGACCCCUGCUAUGAGAGAGAGAGGUAGAUAGAGAGGGAGAGAAAGAAAGGGAGAUGGAGAGAGAUAGAUGGGGAGAGGGAGAUGUGGAGAGAGAGGGAGAGAGAGGGGUAAAGAGGGAGAUGGGGGAGAGAGAGAGAGGGAGAUGGAGAGAGGGAGAUGGAGAAAGAGAGAGAGAGGGAGAUGGAGAGAGAGACAGAAACAGAGAGAAAACAAGAGAGAGCUUUUAAACUAGCUCCAUUUUUAGGUGGAGCUAGUUUUCAUUUUAGGUGCAGCUAGUUUUAAUUUUUAGGUGAAUUUGUUUUCAUUUUGAUGUUUCUGAAAGUGUACGUUUUUGUAUUUAUACUCUCAGCACUGCACUGAAUGAGUAGGUGUUCAAAAACUUUUGACCGGUAGUGUAUAUAUUUUUCCCCCUAACCCUACCACCCCUCCCCAAAUUGGAGUAAACUAAUUAAAUAUAUUUUCCUUUAUUAAAUUCCCCUAAGCCUACCACCCCUGCCCUAAUUGGAGUAAACAAAUGGAUAACAAUACUUAGACUUCUACUUUGAAGAAAUUCUUUGCAGGAGAGAAUCUUGCAUGAGCUCCUAUUAGAACAUUUAAUUUGUACCAGCUUCUGUUGUUGCUCCUCUAGUCACACCUUUAACCUCUCCCACAGACCAUUCCUUCUUUGUACAUCUCCUUCUCUUUCUCCCUCCAUCCCUUCCCUCUAUCUCUUUGCCUGCUGUUUUUGGCCUCAGAAGGAUUCCCUGUUUGCAUGAAGAAGGAGGAGGAUGAAUCUCUAACCAUAAGGAAAGUUCAGAGAUCUGCUCAGCUACAGCGAACACAGGCGUAUAGACACAGUACUGACCUAGAACUGACAUAAUGUUGACAUACUGACAGUACUGACAUGGGCCUCUCUCCUCUCUGCCUGGCAUUGUAAUUAAACUACAGACACUUGAGCCCAGAGACGGAGCUCCGCGUUGGAGACCACAUAGGGAAAACUCCUCCAUCCUGGGACCUUCUUGAGGACUGACACUGCUAUCUAUUAUAUUUGGAGAAUGUUUAACCAACACUAGUGGCUUUUUUCAUAAUCAAAACAUUUUGCUUUUGGUUUCCAAAGGGAAUAUUAUAGAUAAAUAUGAUAUAAAUGUAUUUAAAUAGUUUUGAGGGGGAAAAAAACGACAGAAUGUUGAAAUGAAGAUAUGUAAUAAACUAAAGAGCAUCUGACUCCUACUUCUAGACAAAGGACAGAGAGAAAACUUUAACAUUUAUUGAACCAAUAAUUUACUUGUUUUUACCAAUUAUAUAAAUAUAUAUAUUUGAAAAAAAGUUAAUAGAUAUAUACAAAUUAAAUUUUGUCAUAAAAUAUACAACUUUAGUAAAACUAUACAUGGUAUUCUAUAUACAACCCACUGUUGAUGAACUGUCCUUACAUGGUCACCCUUUCCUGAACAGAAGCAUGAAAAGUUGCAUCACAUCUUGAAAAGAGGGUUGUGGUUUAAUUUCUGUUUGUUUUCUUACGGUCUUCCGUCAUACUGAAGGGCAUCCCACACAGUGAGGGGUGUGACAUCCCAGUUUAACCCCAGUGACCCUGUGACCUCAACACAUACUCAGAUAUAGAGACAUAUAUAUACACACAUGAACAGUCACAUAGUCAAACAAAUAACACCCUUACAUUCACACACGCAGACACACACACAUACACACACAUACACACACAGUUCUCAUCCAAACUAAGACCGGUAGCAUCCUUACAUACAUCUGAGACCAUGGUUUGGGAGAACAGAUGUCUUAAGAAAGGUGUUUAAAAAAACAAAAUCAACAAUUGUAAUGUGAGUUGCUUCUCUCAACAGUCAGAGACAGUGAGUGUCAUUCACACAACAGCACAGCAUUAGAUCCAUACUCUCUGGGAGAACAACAAUGGUGUGUUCAGGAGGAAGAAAUGUUCUGAAUACUGCAGAUAGAACUGUCAUGAUAGAACUGUCAUGAUAGAACUGACAUGAUAGAACUGUCAUGAUGGAACUGUCAUGUUAGAACUGUCAUGAUAGAACUGUCAUGAUGGAACUGACAUGAUAGAACUGUCAUGAUAGAACUGUCAUGUUAGAACUGACAUGAUAGAACUGUCAUGAUAGAACUGUCAUGAGCGUCUUAUAAAGAGCUGACAUGAUUUCCUAUUAUACAAGUUUAUUAUUGCUAUUUGUAGGUAAAGAAUAUGUAGUAUAUUGGAGUGUCACAACAGUGAAGCAUGUCUGUUCUCUAUAAUACAUUUAUAUCUACAUUGUUGUAUAACGGAGUCCCCUGAAUGGUGGACACUACAACCACUAAAACCUUUACUAGUCAACAGCAGCACUGAAACCUUUAUGCUAAGUGAAUAUCUUUGUCACGGAGCCACACACCAGUCCAAACUAUCUCUGUGAAACUUUAUUUUGUCACCGUUUUGAGUAAGCGGGUGUUAAAUUCAAUGUUGUGUCAACGUUGUAGGGAUAACGCUCACUGUCUCACAUCGGACCUCACAGAUGAUUUCACUUCUGACUCUGGUGACAUGGGUGUUGUCCCAAAUGACAUCCUUAACCCUACCGUGCCCUUCUUUUGAUCAGAGAUUUACAUUUUGGGGCACUAUAUAAGGAAAAGGAUAUAAUUUGGGACACUACCAUACCGCCUGACUCCUUGGCUUUUGUGUUGGGUUGAUUGUUGGUUUGUGUUUCUAUAAUGGAGGUGUGGAUUUUGUAGCUCUUGGAUUAUGAUGUUUAGAAGAUACAUUUUUCUAUUCACUCACCUAACAUGAAUUUCAGAGUGAACAUUAAGAAAAGGAGAAACAAAAAAUAGUAGAUCCUCUCAAAAGGAAAUCUGAACAAAACACGAAUAUUUGCUUUUUAUAUUAAUCACAAGCAAUGUAUAUAUAUGAUAGUUUUCAUAUACAUUUUUGAAAAUCAAAAAUUCUAUAGAUAUAUAUAUAUAUAUAUGAAUGUUUGGCAUAUAUGCAUAGUUAACCACCUAGGAAAAAAGGUGUGAUCCGAUUUUUAUUAUUUUCUAUGAACUAGGAGAUGAUUUGCACAAAACAAGGUGCUAGCAUUACAGCCACCCAUCAUUACAGUGCAUGUAUGCUGUGACUGGAGGAACACCCUGACUCUCUGUACACAACCCCCUCUCUGCUGUGUGUGUGUGUGUGUGGUAGUGUGUGUAUGUAUGUGUGCUGGGUGUGUAUGUGUGUGGUAGGUGGUAGGUGUGCGUGUAAGUUGUUCAAACCCUCAAAGGUGGUCCGCUGUAGCCUUAAUUACAUCAGAGAUUCCUGGCAGUGGCUGUGUCACACACGUGGUGCACACACUGAAAUCCAGAUGUAUAAUCAUUACAGGACCCUUUGAUAUCUAUUAGAGAGAGAGAGAGAGAAUAUACUGGGGAGAACUUCAAUUUUUAUUUAUUACAUUCUGUCUGUUCAUGUGUAGCCCCUGUCUGUGUGUGUGGGGGAAUCGGCAGUGGGCAGGGUUUGGGCUGUGGCUUUAAUGGGAGACAGAGACACAGACAAUUACAGUAUUACCAUUUGCUCUACAACACCUCUCUAUGACUCUCUCCAUGACCAGAAGCACUGGCCCUCUGCUCCCCGUUUCAUCCAGUUAUACACUCUGUCCUCUUUUCCCUUUUCAGACGUUCAGAGUUUUUAAGGGUAUGCUAUGAUGAGGUGAUUUUGAAGAGGACUGACAACAAAAAAAACAAAGAAGGAAAAACGUGCCAAAAAAUAAACUUUCAAUGGUAUAUUUUUCUUCUUCCUUAGUACUACCUUAGUCUGGAUGUUGUUGAGCUGUUACUCACUAAUAUGGUGCCAUCUCCUGGGAAUCUUGAGAACUACAGACAUUCAUUUAGCUUCACUGUCUGGACACAACCUUUUUGGAGUGGAACUGCAGACGUUUUUAUGUUUUGUAAAGGAAUAUAUAUAUAAACUGAAAAAUGGAUUUUA